CAUCGCGAGUAGCGAGCCUGCAACUACGAAGAUAUCCUAAUUGAAGCUCUGAGGAAGAGGCUCUCAUUGCACAAAUACAUACCGGAAAUGUAGUAGCGGAGCGAAGAAGAGAAACGGAUAAUGGAUCCGUAAGAUGGAGAAGCGCUUUCAUCAUCGGAGCGUCAUAACAUUGACGUAGGCCCUGAGGGAUGACCUCGUAACGUCGACGUCCAGAUUGAGCAAUUUGAGGACAAGGGAAUGAUGAAGGUAUCUUCUGUUCUCUGAUAUAUUCAUUCCCGAUGCCGCCCAAGUUUCCCCUUCGAACAUUCAAACCUUCACUUCAAGUUCCACGACGUGCAACCCUCACAACAUCAACACUCGUCCAUAGACCCUCCAUCACACCCAUCACGGCUGCUCACUCUCGGCUCGUCAAUCUCAAGAGUCACUUCAGCACCACAAUGGCACCAAACAACAAUAACCAAGACUUCAAGCUCGACAAGCUUUUCAAUGUCCAAGGAAAGGUCGCUCUCAUCACCGGCGGUGGUUCCGGCAUCGGCCUAAUGGCCACACAAGCUCUCGCGACCAACGGAGCAAAGGUCUAUAUCGUCGGCCGUACUGAGGAGAAGCUUGAACGCGUGUCUGAGGUCUACGGCAAGGACAUCCCAGGCCAAAUCAUCCCCGUGACAUGCGACGUGUCCAAGAAAGACGAGAUCAAAAAGCUCGUCGAGUACAUCUCGUCGAAAGAGAAGUGCCUGUGCAUCCUCUUCAACAACGCCGGCAUCAGUCUCAACACGCAACAGACAGAAGCCAAGUCUGCCGAGGAGAUGUCCAAGAACUUAUUCGACGACGAGAACGAGACCUUCGAGAUGUGGACAGAUACAUACCGCACCAACGUGCCGCAACUGUUUUUCAUGACCACGGCGUUCCUGCCGCUUCUCGAGGCCGCGCACAAGCACAACGACAACUUCUCCGGCACCGUGAUCAACAACUCAAGUAUCAGCGGCAUCGUCAAGACGUCCCAGCACCAUUUUGCGUACAACGCCAGCAAGGCUGCCGCAAUCCAUUUGACCAGCAUGCUGGCCAACGAGAUCACCCAGAACGGCCUGAGGAUCCGAGUGAACAGUGUCGCACCCGGUGUGUUCCCCAGUGAAAUGACGGCCGGUGAGAGCGACGAGAACCAGAAGAGCCAUAUUCCACGCGAGAAGUAUGAGAGCAAAGUGCCCGCCGCACGACCUGGUGAAGAUAGAGACAUGGCGAAUGCCAUCUUAUUUUUGGCGACAAAUCAAUAUCUUAAUGGCCAGACCGUAGCGGUAGACGGUGGAUACAUCCUCAGUGCGGGCAGUGGACCUUGAACGUUGACCCGAUGUGAAAUGGGAGUCCGUCAUGAUACUAAGCACUCUUUGCUGUCGAGCAGCAUAGGCGAGACUUGGAAGUCCACGUACCUGUGUUAGCAGUGUCUAACAGAGCGGACGACGAACAGCCAACGAGAAGCAAAAGUAAUGAGCAGUGAUAACUUUCAAUCUUCCCACUUUC